UGUCGACAAGGCCGUGACGUGCUCUAUAGCGAAUGGGAGAAGAAAGAGUUUCUUAGAGAAGCCUUUCGUUCCUUUGGAAGGCUUAAAGGUCGUCAUUUUUGGUGGGAUUUCUCUCUAGUAAGGAACUGAAGUGAGAUUGGUGGAAGGGGCUUUAUGGCAUCCAACAUAAUCCGCGAAUGGACUGGUAUUCAGCAGUUCCCACUUGCCACACAGACAAAAUUGCUCGAACUGUUGGGGAACUUAAAGCAAGAGAAUGUGAGCACCUUGACAAUCCUUGUAAUGGGGAAAGGUGGUGUUGGGAAGUCUUCAACACUUAAUUCCAUCAUAGGAGAACGGGUUGUUGCAGUAAGUGCAUUCCAGUCAGAGGGACCAAGACCAGUAAUGGUUUCGCGCUCUAGGGCAGGGUUUACAUUGAACAUCGUCGACACUCCUGGCCUUGUAGAAGGGGGAUAUGUCAAUGAUCAUGCUCUUGAGAUCAUAAAGCGGUUCCUUUUGAACAAAACAAUUGAUGUUAUGCUCUAUGUGGAUCGGCUGGAUGCUUAUAGAGUGGACACUUUGGAUAGGCAGGUCAUUAAAGCAAUCACUGAUAGUUUUGGUAAAGGAAUAUGGAGUAGGGGUUUGAUUGUCCUCACGCAUGCUCAGCUCUCACCACCGGACGGAAUUAAUUAUGAUGAAUUCUUCUCUAGAAGAUCAGAAGCUCUUCUAAAAGUUGUUCGUUUGGGUGCUCGCUUGAAAAAACAGGAGAUCCAGGAGUUCGGCAUUCCAGUUGUUUUGGUUGAGAACAGCGGGAGGUGCAAUACAAAUGACAGUGGUGAAAAGGUUCUUCCAAAUGGCACUGCUUGGAUUCCAAACUUGGUAAAAACAAUCACAAAUGUCAUUUCAAAUGGGAGCAAAGCAAUUUUGGUUGACAAGAAGUUAAUUGAAGGGCCCAAUCCAAACGAUAAGGGAAAGCUGUUGAUUCCAUUGAUAUUGGCCUUCCAGUAUUUCUUUGUUGUUAAACCAAUUCAACGGUCAAUCAGGCAGGAUGUUGCAAAGGAAAGUAGGCCUUUGUGGGAGUUGCGGGACAUGGGCAUGUCCAACCGCGAGUUCUGAUUUCACAUUCGAAUAAAUCUUCCUCAAUGUUGCUUGUUUCUUCAAUGUCAGUGAUAUUUUUGUCCGUUGAUUCUAUUGUUUGUUCUUCACUUCAGGAUUAGGGUUUUUCAUUCUGUUAGCAACAUCACACCUCUCCGGCAAUGGAUUCUAUUCUGGAAUUUGAGAUUAACUCGACCGAGUUCGGUGACUU